CUUUCUCCCGCUCGCUGGGCUCAGGCUCCCACUUCUCCCCGCCGCUGCGCUCCCGGGACCCGAGCCGUCUCUGCGCUUAGCCUCGGCGGCCCACGGUGCUCCGAGAGCCUCGCAAAAGCAGCUCCGGGGUAGAGAGUGGGACGCCCCGGUUCCUUCCCCUGCUCGGGUCAGCCUCUGCCCGGCUCGCAGCACCUCUGGCUCCCUCACAGUCGGCUUGGGAGGACAGGGUGAGAAGGUGAAGUGGAAAGGACCGACAGGGCACGGGGCCAGGCGCUCAGCUCACGUUGCCUUUUCAUUGAGCAAAGCCCAAGAUCAUUUUUUUUUAAAGCUCUGCACGCCCCCCCACCCCUUCUUCCAUUUUCUUUGCGCUUUUUAAAGGAAACUUAUUUUGGGGUGCUUUGCGCUGGGGUAGCUGCUUUGCCCAGUAGUUGCGAAGUGCACUCGACUCGUGAUGGUGUUCCUGUCACUUUGGUUGAUAGCAGCCUCUCUGGUAGAGGUUAGGACAUCAGCUGAUGGACAAGCUGGUACUGAAGAAAUGCUGCAAAUAGAUUUACCAACAAAGAGAUACAGAGAGUAUGAGCUGGUGACACCAGUUAGCACAAAUCUAAAAGGACACUAUCUUUCCCAUAUUCUUUCUGCAAAUCACAAAAAGAGGUCACCCAGGGACGUGUCAUCUAACUCAGAGCAAUUGUUCUUCAACGUCACAGCAUUUGGAAGAGAUUUUCAUCUUCGACUAAAGCCAAACACUCACUUCAUAGCUCCUGGAGCUGUGGUGGAAUGGCAUGAGACAGCUCCCAGGUCUGGGAAUACCACUGACCCCAGAAACAGCCGUCCACAUGGAAGUGCUUCAGAAGGAAGCUGGAGAUCAGAGCCUUUGCAGACUAGCUGUGCCUAUGUUGGUGACAUCAUGGACAUUCCUGGAACCUCUGUUGCCAUUAGCAACUGUGAUGGUCUGGCUGGAAUGAUAAAGAGCGAUAAUGAAGAGUAUUUCAUUGAACCUUUGGAGAGAGGGAAGCAGAUGGAUGAAGAAAAAGGAAGGAUUCACGUUGUCUACAAGAGAUCAGCAGUGGAGCAGGCUCCUAGAGUUGUAUCUGAAGAUGUCUACUACAGGGAAAUGGAUCUGGAAGGCCUUGAUGAUCUAGGUACAGUUUACAGCAACAUUGGCCAGCAGCUGAAUGAGACAAUGCGUCGCCGCAGACACGCGGGAGAGAAUGAUUACAACAUCGAGGUGCUUCUGGGAGUAGAUGACUCUGUGGUCCGUUUCCAUGGCAAAGAGCAUGUCCAAAACUACCUCCUCACCCUGAUGAACAUUGUAAAUGAAAUCUACCACGAUGAGUCCCUUGGAGUGCAUAUCAAUGUGGUCUUGGUACGAAUGAUUAUGCUCGGUUAUGCAAAGUCCAUCAGCCUCAUCGAAAGGGGAAACCCAUCCAGGAGCCUGGAGAAUGUGUGCCGCUGGGCUUGCCAGCAACAAAAACCUGACCCCAACCAUGCUGAACACCACGAUCAUGCAAUUUUCUUAACCAGGCAAGACUUUGGGCCUGCUGGAAUGCAAGGAUAUGCUCCCGUCACGGGCAUGUGUCACCCAGUGAGAAGUUGCACCCUGAAUCACGAAGAUGGUUUCUCAUCUGCUUUUGUAGUAGCCCAUGAAACUGGCCAUGUGUUGGGCAUGGAGCAUGACGGGCAAGGUAACCGGUGUGGGGAUGAGACCGCCAUGGGCAGCGUCAUGGCACCCCUGGUGCAGGCUGCCUUCCAUCGCUACCACUGGUCCAGAUGCAGCGGUCAGGAACUGAAACGAUACAUCCAUUCCUAUGACUGUCUCCUUGAUGACCCCUUUGAACACGACUGGCCCAAACUCCCAGAACUUCCUGGAAUUAAUUAUUCCAUGGAUGAGCAAUGCCGUUUUGAUUUUGGUGUUGGCUACAAAAUGUGCACUGCGUUCCGAACCUUUGACCCGUGCAAACAGCUAUGGUGCAGCCACCCUGAUAACCCAUACUUCUGUAAGACUAAGAAGGGGCCCCCACUCGAUGGAACUGAGUGUGCUUCUGGGAAGUGGUGCUAUAAAGGACACUGCAUGUGGAAAAAUGCUAACCAGCAAAAGCAAGAUGGCAACUGGGGGUCAUGGACCAAAUUUGGCUCCUGUUCUAGGACGUGUGGAACUGGUGUUCGUUUUAGGACACGCCAGUGCAAUAAUCCCACGCCCAUCAAUGGUGGGCAGGACUGCCCUGGUGUUAAUUUUGAGUACCAGCUUUGUAACACAGAAGAAUGCCAAAAGCACUUUGAGGACUUCAGGGCCCAGCAGUGCCAACAGCGUAACUCACACUUUGACUACCAGAAUACCAAACACCACUGGCUGCCGCAUGAACAUCCUGACUCCAAGAAAAGAUGCCAUCUUUACUGUCAGUCCAAAGAGACUGGGGAUGUUGCUUACAUGAAACAACUAGUGCAUGACGGAACGCGCUGCUCUUACAAAGAUCCCUACAGCAUAUGUGUACGAGGAGAGUGUGUGAAAGUGGGCUGUGAUAAAGAAAUCGGGUCCAACAAGGUUGAGGAUAAGUGUGGGGUCUGUGGAGGGGACAAUUCCCACUGUCGAACUGUGAAGGGAACGUUUACCAGAACACCCAGGAAACUUGGGAAGACGAGAGGCGCAUUCGUUUUACCCAAAGGAGCUCGUAAUAUUUCUCUUGCUGAAACAAGAGAAACUAAAAAUGUACUGGCCAUUAAGAACCAAGCCACAGGUCACUACAUCUUAAAUGGCAAAGGGGAAGAAGCCAAGUCACGGACCUUCAUAGAUCUUGGUGUGGAGUGGGAUUACAACAUUGAAGAUGACAUUGAAACCCUCCACACGGAUGGGCCACUCCAUGACCCUGUUAUUGUUCUGAUCAUACCUCAGGAGAAUGACACGCACUCGAGCCUGACGUAUAAGUACAUCAUCCAUGAAGACUCGGUGCCGACGAUCAACAGCAACAACGUCAUCCAGGAGGAGCUGGAUACCUUCGAGUGGGCAUUGAAGAGCUGGUCUCAGUGCUCCAAACCCUGUGGUGGAGGAUUCCAGUAUACAAAAUACGGAUGCCGGAGGAAAAGCGACAGUAAAAUGGUUCACCGCAGCUUCUGUGAGGUCAAUAAAAAGCCGAAACCCAUCAGACGCAUGUGCAACAUUCAGGAUUGCAUACACCCGCUCUGGGCAGCGGAAGAAUGGGAACACUGCAGCAGAAGCUGCGGCAGCUCUGGGUAUCAGCUGCGCACCGUGCGCUGCCUCCAGCCACUCCAGGAUGGUACCAACCGCUCAGUGCACAGCAAGUACUGCCUGGGAGACCGUCCUGAGAGCCGCCGGCCCUGUAACAGAAUGCCCUGCCCAGCCCAGUGGAAAACAGGGCCCUGGAAUGAGUGUUCAGUGACCUGCGGUGAAGGAACAGAGGUGAGACAGGUUCUCUGUAGGACUGGAGACCACUGUGAUGGCGAAAAGCCAGAGUCCGUCAGAGCCUGCCAGCUGCCUCCAUGUAAUGAUGAGCCAUGUUUGGGUGAUAAGUCCAUAUUCUGUCAAAUGGAGGUGCUAGCAAGAUAUUGCUCCAUACCAGGGUAUAACAAGUUAUGCUGUGAGUCAUGUAGCAAGCGUAGUGGUACCCUGCCACCACCAUACCUUCAAGAAGCUGCUGAAAUCCACAGUGAUGCUAUCUUUGGCCCUAGUGACCUCCCUAGGUCCCUAGUAAUGCCUACAGCCUUUCUCCCUUACUACUCAGGGACCCGUGCUAAGAAAUCCCUGAGUAGCAUCUCUUCCAUGCCAAAUCCCAAUGCAGAUGCUGCCUUCAGAGCUAGCAGUCGAGCUACUGCUGACUUCCCCCGUGGGAAGAAAGCACAACAGGCUGGAAGAAAGACGCUGGUAUCAAUACCAUCUUCCUCAUCCAUAAAGACAGAUCACCUCCAUUCUGCCUCCUCUGUGGCUGCUGCCCCCUCUCCUGCUAUCAGUGAUUCAAUAGGUGCUUCUCCCCAGACAAGAACACCAAAGAAAGAUGCAAAGAGUAUUAGCAGAAGACAUCCGACCAGGUCAACCACCUCAGAGAGAUGAGAAAGCAGACUAGUGGAGCUAGAAGUCAAAGGGAAACCUGGACAGCCUCCCUCCCUGCAUGGUGCAUACAGCUUGUUAAAAAGCGGUACUCUCCACAGAAAGUUUACUCACGUCCUCUAUACAUGGAAGGACAGGAAGUGCUGGUUCACUUUUUAGUUGCUUCCAUCCUCCUCCUGUUCCCCAUCGACUUGUUUACCAGAAUCCAUUGGAAGAAAGCGCCAAAGACUGUUUUCGGAAGGAAAGAGUCGCAGCAGCAGUGACCUCUGCCUUAGAAUGCCAGCAGUUGGGAAAUUAAGGCAAGAGGGCCGCCGCCAGUUCUGGGACAGCCAGGAACAUCUCUCCCCAAAACAAACAAACAAAAAAGAAACGGGAAGGGUUGCUCUCUAAGGAAGAAUAGAGACUGGAGCCGAUUGCGCAUAUCAGCUGAUUUGUUCGUUUGUUUUUUUAAAAGCUACAGUUAAGAAUAACCCAAACAAAUGCCAGUGGUUCACGCUUCAAGAAAUUUUGGAAAUAAUUCUUAGACUUGUAUUCCUAUUUAUCUAUAUUAGAAAUACUGUAUGAGCAAAUUUGCAACUGACAUGUAAAUACUGUACAUUGCAGAAAUCAGUAUUAUUUUAAGAUGUUCUCAAGUGAUUGUUUACUAUCUUACAUUUCUGGAUGUUUUAGGGUGCCUGUCAUCGAGUAUUGCCUUAUGUGACAUUCCAUGGGUUGAUUUCAAAGCAGAAGAGGUAGAAGAAGUUGGGAUUACAGCUACUGACAAUGUAAAGAGGGUUUGCUGUUUGUUAUCUGUUGACACUGCAGAUGUACAGGUGACUCAUUUAAUCUACUGCCUUCCUUUCUUGCAACAAAGGAAACAGGAUUGGUGUCGCCAUGUGUCUGUGCACACAGGCUGCAGUGGCUAAGCUUGUACAAGACAAAGCCCAACCUUCUUGCCAUCACAUCAAAGGGCAUCGGUGGCGAUGCUAUCAAUUCGUGUGCUAUCAAUUGUACUUGAUAUACUGUGAUCAUCACAGAUGUGUUCUGUGUGUUCUUUCAGUGCUGAGAAAAGUAUCAUCAGGCUAAAACUAACACUUGAGUACAUUAGUGCUUUGAAAGCAAGUUCAAGGAAGAGAGUCUUUGUCAUGGUUGAGAUAUUUAUUUUUCUGCAUGGUUCAUAUCUAAACGUUCCCAGUCACAAUGCAUCGGACUGCAGUGCCAUGGCGGUAGUUCUGUUAGUGACCAACAUGCUCACAUAAAGCCAGAAAUGCUCCCUCCAGGGAGAGGAUGUAUAGUACUUGUAUAUAGGACACAGAUCUGAAGAUAUUUAUUUUAAGAGUUGAUUUUUUUCUUGAUAGUCUUUUUAUGUCUUUAAUAUUGACACUAAUAUCAAUGACAUUUUAGUAAACUAGAGAGACAUAAUUAGAGUUGUGUGCUAUGUUCUGUGCAGAAAGGACAAAUUUAAACUGAGCACACGGCCAACUCAAAGAACAAAAAUCAAACAGAUUCUUACUUUAAAAAAAAAAAAAGAACAAAUUUGGCAGUGCUUGAUUGAAUCCAAGACCUAGCACACACGAAGCCAGCACUCCAUCACUGAGCUGAAUUUCUAUCCCCUUUUAUACUUUCAAGACAGGAUCUCCCUAAGUUGCCCAGGCAGGCCUUGAACUUGUGAUCCACUUGCCACAACCUCCCAAGAAGCAAAGCUUGUGUUAAAUUUUUACAUUUUUUUAAAGUAGUCCAUACAGAGUAACUUGUUCCCCUUCAAGGACGCAUAAAAUAGUCAGGAAUUCAGCUAGCUGUUUAAUAAAUAAUGAAUUAGAAAGGUUUCUAAAGCCGGGUGAGGUGGUGCACACCUGUCAUCCCAGCAUUCAGAAGCUGAGGCAGGAGGAUUACUGUGAGCAUGCAGCCAGCCUGGGCCAUGUCGCAAGACUCUGCUUCAAACAAAACAUAUUUUAAGUACGUAAUGAGUACUUCCUGAACUGCAUUUAAAGACAAACGUGUUGUGAGCAUGCUUUUAAAGUCAUUUUCUAAACAUGUCUAGAAAUCCAUUCCGCAGACUGAAGUAGAGAUGUGUUAAUCCUUUCAAAGCACAGCCUGGGAAGGCCUUUUGUGUUAUAACCAUCACAGAUGAACAGCCUAAGCUAUGACUCAAUACCUCGAAACCAUUGCUGCUACUUCAUGCAAGAAUUUUAAACGUUGAGUUAGGUGAUUUCCUGAUAGUUAAGUCAUCCCUGAGCCUUAAAAACGUUCUCUCUUCUCUCUCUUUUGAACACUUCACCAGAAUGAAAUUCUCUCUAGUUUGCUUGGGUGUACACACAUCUGGUCCACAGGGAAUCUGAAGAUGGUCACACACAUACACCUCCCAUAAGAUGUAUAUAUUCCUUCCACUUUCUACCUAUGUGCUUUUAUUUCUUCUAAGCUGAAAGUUCCUUUUUAUCAAGGUGUACACUACUGAUGCUGUUUGUUGUAUUGGGAACACAUAGCAAUAAAAAAAAAAACGUGAAA